AUGAUUAAAAACAUUUUUAUAGACUUUAAACUAUUUAUUUACUAUUAAAAGCUACCCAAAAAAAAAUUAAUUUCUUAAAUUUUAAUUAGAGAAAAAGCCAUAAAUUUUAGCAAUAUUUACUAACAUAUAAGGAUUCUUGAUUAAAAAUUUAUUCAUCAAAAUUCUAAUGGAAUUAAAUUAUUUAUAUUAUUUAAUACAGUAAUUCACUCUAUUUGUUCUCCAAUUUAUUAGAAAUAGAUAAUUUUAGAAGAUUUAAUUUUUCUAAUCAAAUAUAAUGAUGGUCGAAAGCCUCUAAUUAAUNUUGAACAUAUUUUUGGAGCUAGUGAAAGGGCUUUUGUUAUUUGGGAUACAGAUAAUAAUGGUUUAAUAGAUAGUUUAGAAUUAUUUAGUGGGAUUUGUAUUUUUAGUGAUACAAAAUUUGAUGAUAAGAUUCGAUGUAAAAAUCAUAUAUUUAUUUUAGUUCUCUUUGAUUUAUUUGAUUUUAAUGAAUUAGAAUCUUUAUCACCAACAGACAUAGAAUUCAUGAUUAAUUGUUGUAUGAGUGCAACUUUUUAAAAUAUAUACAAUCUAGUGUGAAAUUAAUAAUGAAGAAUUGACAGUUUUUGCUACUAAAUAUUUUGAAAAAGAAAAUAGAUUAACUGUUGUUGAAUUAAUUAAGUAUUUAUAUUUAAAAUAUUAAAAGAGCAUCUAAGAAUUCUCCUGAAGUUAAUGAUUUUUUCUAAAUUAUAAAAAAGGAUUUGAUCGAGAAAGCAGAUGAUAUUAAAAUUCAAUAACAGCAAUAGUAAUAAUAAUAGUUUUGA